AUGGCCAAAGGGAAGAAUUCUGAAAAUAAAGAAAAAGAGCAGACUAAAGAAAACAAGAAGCAAGGAUCUGGGCUAGACUUCAUGGGAAUCGAUUACUUUAGAACUUUAUAUCUUGCAUUGGGAUUUCUCAUAGUAGCUCUCUUUGCAACUUAUCUAGCAGUUGAGGAUGAAUCAGUCCAAAAAAUGCUAUUCUACCAAGGUGUCCUAGCAACACUUCUCUUCGGGGUCCUAAUUUGGUUCGAAGGUGCUCUAACUCAAUGACCUGAGCAUGGAAAUGAAAUGAAAAAGACUUCUAAGAAAAAGAGCUCAGGAAAUAAAAAGAACUCAGGCAAGAGAAAGAAGAAUUAAACAUCUCAUAUACUAGAGGUAAUAU